UGGGAUGCGAUAACAGAGAUGGAUGAACAGAACCGACCUAUCCAUACCUUCCAGGUGUGUCAUGUGAUGGAGCCCAACCAGAACAACUGGCUACGGUCCAAUUGGAUCCAGCGCCAGGAAGCACAGAAGGUGUACGUGGAGCUGCGCUUCACCCUGAGAGACUGUAACUCCAUCCCUUGGGUGUCUGGUACCUGCAAGGAGACCUUUAACCUCUUCUACCUCCAGACAGAGGAGCCACACGUCGCCGCCACCCGCUUCAGACCCGCCGACUACGCCAAGGUGGACACCAUUGCUGCCGAUGAGAGCUUCACACAGACGGACCUGGGCGACCGCGUUCUGCGCCUCAACACGGAGGUCAGAGAGGUCGGCCCCGUGACCCAAAAGGGCUUCUACCUGGCGUUCCAGGAUGUGGGGGCGUGUAUCGCUCUGGUCUCCGUCAAGGUGUUCUAUAAGCGCUGUCCAUCCACUCUGAGGAACCUGGCAGCGUUCCCAGACACGGUACCAAAGGUCGACUCCUCCUCGCUGGUGGAGGUGCGGGGAGCGUGCGUGGAGAACGCAGAGGAGAGGGACACGCCCAAACUGUACUGUGGGGCGGACGGGGACUGGCUGGUUCCUCUGGGGCGAUGCGUCUGUCGUCUGGGACAUGAGGAGAUUGACGGAUUCUGCCAGGCAUGUAGACCAGGGUCCUACAAGGCUUUGUCAGGGAUUAUCAAGUGUUCCAAGUGUCCUACCCACAGUUCCAGCCAUGACCAGGCAGCCACACUCUGCCACUGUGACAAAGGCUUCUACCGGGCAGCCAAGGACCCCUCCACCAUGGCAUGCACAC